AUGUACUCCUUGGCUGUUCUCCUGCUGGUUUUGCCCGCUGCAGUCGCUCAGUUUCCUCCAUUUGGACGGGGUGACAGAUUCCAAGAAGGAAAUCAAGGAAUACAGGGAGGGACUGGAAGAUUCCCCGAUCUUGGAAGCAUUCUUGGUGGCUUUGCUGCUAUCCCAAACAGACAGGGCGGUUUUGCUCCCGGUCAAAGUGUAAGCGAACGUAGUUACUAUGUGAAAGGACGUUUACUUUGUGGAGUUCAGGGAGCUCAGGGAGCUAGAGUAACACUUUAUGAGAAUAGAAAUGGUGCUUCUCCAUUCGUUUACGAUGAGACGACUGUAGAUGGUUCUGGAAGCUUUUACGUGAAAGCAGAAACUCGUAAUGAAGGAUUAAAUGGUCAAAGCUCUAUGAGUCAACUUAGCUUAAGCAUUAACCACCAGUGCGAGGGCAUGCGCCAAAUGAGUGUGCAGCUACCCCAAACCUACUACCAUCAGGGUCAAUCUGCAGCCAAGACUUUUGACUUAGGAACUAUCAACCUUGAAGGACGCUUUUCUGAAGAGAUAAACAGUUUCAACGCACGAGAUGGUAUAAGCAGUGGAGGAAGUCGUAGCAGAUUUGAGAACAGACGCAAUGGGAACAAUAAUGGAGGAUUUGGCCCUAUUCCUGUAGCGGUCUAG